GCCAGCUUGGAGCGGGCUGCGGAGGAUGUGGACCCCGCUGCGGGGACAGGCUCCGGGCGGGACGCUUGUGUCCAGUCGGUUGUUCCCUGCCCUGUCGUCCCGCACGCGCAGCCCCCUGCACCCAUGAAGCCCCCGCUGAUGAAGCCCCGAGCAGCCAGAGUGAGGCGGAAAGUGGCCGGAGACAGAGAGCAUGUACUGGCGCGUCGGGUUUGCCUGGACGCGGUCGUGUGUGGUUGAUCUUGGCCAGAACCAGAGCUUCUCUUCCGGCCUGCUGGGCUCCGAUGAGACGCUCUCGUUUUAUGGGUACAUCAUCGCCUACCCCCUGCAGGACUACGGCGGGAUCAUGUCGGCUCUGGGCUCGGACUCUUGGUGGCGGAAGACGCUGUAUUUGACUGGAGGGGCUCUGCUCGCUGCUGCUGCUUAUCUGCUGCACGAACUGCUGGCCAUCAGAAAGGAGGAAGAGCUGGACUCUAAAGAUGCCAUCAUACUCCACCAGUUCUCCAGGCCCAAAACCGGCGCCCCAUCCCUGUCCCCCUUUUGCCUUAAGAUGGAGACCUACCUCCGCAUGGUGGACCUGCCCUACCAGAACUACUUUGAUGGGAAGCUCUCACCACAGGGAAAGAUGCCAUGGAUUGAGUACAACCAGGAGCAGGUGUGCGGCUCUGAAUUCAUCAUCGACUUCCUGGAAGAGCGGCUGGGCGUGAGCCUCAACAAGAGCCUGACGCCGCAGGAAAAAGCUGUAUCCCGUGCCAUUACCAAAAUGGUGGAGGAGCAUUUCUACUGGACGAUAGCUUACUGUCAGUGGGUGGACAACUUGGAGGAGACCCAGAAGAUGCUGUCGGUGAGCGGACCACUGAGUGACCUGCUCAAGUGGAUUCUGAGUCACCUGACUGGUGGGAUUGUAAAGAGGGAGAUGUACGGUCAUGGAAUUGGACGCUUCUCUAAGGAGGAAGUUUACGCCCUGAUGGAGAAGGAUAUGCGCACCUUGGCCACUCUACUUGGUGAUAAGAAGUAUCUCAUGGGCUCUAAGCUUUCGACAGUAGACGCCGCUGUGUUCGGUCACCUGGCCCCCGCCAUGUGGACUCUACCAGGAACACGGCCGGAGCAGCUCAUUAAAGGCGAGCUCAUCAACCUGGCCAUGUACUGCGAGCGGAUCCGCCGGCGUUUCUGGCCCGAGUGGUUUGUGGACCUGGAGGACUUCUGCUACACCGACAGCACAGAUGGCAGCGACUCGCCCUCCAAACUCCCCGACCUGGGCCUCUACUCUGGCACAGACACUUUCCAUGACUGUACACACACCCACACUUCACACACUCACACGCCACAGGACCCACCGUCGCCUGACAGUGACCCUACAGGCCACUCGCUGUAUGACUCUGACAUGGACACGGAGUGCUCAGAAAUGGACCAACUCAAGUGUUGACAACACAUACACGCAUAGUACACACCACAUUGAAAUGCACAUCAGAGAGGGGAGCUGCGUUUAUCCUGCACACGAGCCCCUGACAUCUUUGAAGAUAUUCUGGGGAGUAUUUCUGUGUCAGUGGAGGAGAGAAGGACCUUGAGGUUCACCCGGCACACUCUAGUGGAGGAAUGGCUGCAAACAGAGUGAGAAACACAGAUGAAAAGGAAAAGAGUGUCAGAAGCUGAGUGAACAGAUCAGGAAAGUAGGAAAGUCACAGUGAAGGCAGAUAGAAAAUAGAGGCAGAGUUAAACAAGAGAUCAGGAGUAAAUGACGCAGCUGCUGAGAUACUCCUCCACGUGGUCAUUUACAGUUACAACUUCCACCUGUGCUGUUGUAACCAUGGCAACUACUGUAUGGUCGUGUCCCCCUGUUGUCCCUCGUAGCAACCUCGCACCACCCGGCCUUGUGUGUAUUGACUAAUUGAACCCAUAAAGCCUUUUGUUGAAAUGACAGCGACACAUAAGGAACUGUACAGGAUUUAUCCAGUGUACAUAUAUAAAUGAACCUGAAUAAAUAGGUAGAAUAUUUGAUUAUAUAUGAGUAUAAAUAGUAUAGAUAGUGUGGACAUGUAGAUUUAUCCCAUCCCUGUAAAUACUGUAGGUGUUUCUCCCUUCUGUGUGUUGGACACAUUGACCAAACUGUCUUGUAGGAGAUCAGAAGAGGACCCUCUUAUACUGUAUGUAUCAGUCUACACAACUGGGAUAUUACAGUAAUGCCUGCUGCCCAUAUUUAAAUAAUGCAGUAGAAUUUAAUGGAAGAUAAUGGAGCGUUAACCUCAAUCUGCUAGAAUACUUUGAAGCUGGAUAAAGUCUGUUUCAGACAUUUAUUUUGCCAAAAAUACUUUCUCCCCACAUUAGAGGCAUAUUAUGGCAACAUACACGCACCUGUGUUAAGUCUGUCUAUAAGGACCAGAGCUUUAGGUUCAAUUGGACAUUUAACAUGCUUUCAUGCAUCUAAAGCGAGUCAAACAAUCAUGUAGAAAUAGAUAUGUCGCCUGAAUGAAAGUGCAUGGCUGGUACGUGCCAAUGAAAUCUCCCUUUACACUUCAUGUGGAUAUAUUUAUCUACAUUUCUCAGCUGGCUCAUUUAUUUAUUUAUUAAGUGUAUGCUUUUUUGGUGCCUCUAGCCACGUUAAACACAUAAAGAUGUAGCUGAUUUUUUAAAGGAGUAAUUUAAAAUGACUCAAAAUAUUGUAGUAAUAAGAAGUGGUUGUUGAGCAAUAACAGAACAGACACAGAUUUGCUUGGGUCAUUUUAAUGCCCGGCCCAGGUCGCAUUGUAUUUGGAUGAUAAGGUGCAGGUUUUAUGUGUUUGUCACUCAGCAAAUGCACAAACCGACAUAUUGUGUGCCAAGACUAACAUGGCUGCAAGCAAGGGGUUUACAGUGCGUCUGCUAUGAGUCAUCCUGUGUGCAUGAAUGAUGACAGAGUGGUGACGUAUCACACAGCUCAGCAUUUUCCCCAACACAGAUUCAUAUCAACUGUCAUGAUUUUAAUGCCAUUAAAUCAGGUGGAAGAAAGGUGGUGGUUUGAGAAAUAGCUGUUUAAAUCAGCGAUAAGGCUUCUCACCAUACUGAAGGCAGCAUUCAUGGGAGAAUUGAAAGGUUGCUUUCACAGAAAGGCUGAAAAAAAUCACGAGGCAAUAUGUUUGCCAAUAUCAGUACACAGCCUGGUCAGUGCUCGCUUUUGAACUGCUGUUGUUAGUUCCCUAGCUGCUAUCUUGUCAGAAAGUCAGGCAGCUAAGAGUUAGUUAGCUAGCUAGCUAGCUGACAAUGUCCUUCCCUUUUCUGUGGUAAAGCAGAUUAGACCCUGACAGAGGGGCUGGAUCAAACUGGAAGUUGCAACAGAGCUUAUGAGCUAAAGCACUGUCCAUUUUUGACUAGUUGGUGAGCAAUCCCCUCAAAGAAGACUUGUUGAACUUUAGUCAUGCUAAUAUUUUACAAAGAUGACCUUCACAAGCAGAUAUUGCUUUGAAUACAUAUAUAUUGCAACAAAGUAUGGCUAUAUUGAAUGCAACUAAGCAUUAAUGCAGGCACUCACUAGCUUAUUAACAGCUACCCCAUUAGCAGAUCUUCUCAAGAAUGACCUACUGAAUUGCGAAUAUUUUCCACUCUUGUUUGAGGUUAUGGUGUGUGGCUAUUUUUUCACAACAGCAGAAUUUUAUGAAUAAAAAUUGAAAAUUUACUGAGCGGGAUACAUUUUGAUUUAACACAGCAAAAAAUAAGGAAACCCAAAGAGGGUUAGGGUUAGGCACCUGAACCCUAAAGGAUCAGGGUAAGAAGGAAAUGGACGAAAUUAAAAAUAAAUCAGCACAAACUAAGGAACAACCCAACAAGGGUUAGCAUGUCACUUCCUGCCCAAGGUUAAAGGUCGCCCCAUUGUAGAGCCCAAAAUGUCCAGCCAUAGAGGUCUGCAGCCAGAAUCUACUCAAUAAGCUUGACUGCACUGCAAAAAAAAUAUAUAUAUAUGUUUGAUAUGUUUCCAAAACAGUGUAUUUGUAACAUCCCUGUCCAUCAGACAGCACUGAAAAGUUUGUUAGAAUUGAAGGAUCCAGCUCAGUACA